AUGGAUAUUAUCAAACGAGCUCAGGAAAUCUCGAAUAAUGAGAAUAGCUCACUAGGUGAUAUUACUACUAGAGAUGAAUUAGAUCAACAGAUGAUAAAUAUCGAUAAAGCUGUAAACUUGGAUAUGGAGAAAGGUGAAGAAAAUGAGCUUCAAGUGAAUCUGGAGAUCAAAGAAAAAUUGGUCAACAUUUUACAAAUGUGA